CACAAUUCACAACCAAUUAAAUAAAAAAAAGUUUGUUUUUUUUUUGUUUCAAGAAAAAAAAUGGGUUUCCUUUGUUUUAAGAAAAAACACCGUCACUUUCUGCGCCACUCUUCGUCCAUCUCCAUCCCGACGAGGAUGAAGGUGAUCGAUACUUCGCCGGAGAAGGUGGUUGCGCCGCCGCCAGAAAAGCUGGAAAGAACGUCGGCGCCGGUAGAUAUAGACAAACAGGCGGAAGCUUUUAUUCAAAAGUUUAGGCACCAGAAGGUGGCUGCGCCACCGCCGGAAAGAAACCCGGCGGCGGAAGAUACAGACAAAAAGGAGGAAGCUUUUUCUCAACCGUCUAAGCAGGGGAAGGUGGUUGCGCCGCCGACAGAGAAGAUGGAAAGAAACCCGGCGAGGGAAGACAUAGACAAAGAGGCGGAAGCUUUUAUUCGACAUUUUCAUGAGCACGACAAGGUGGUAGCGCCACGGCCGCCGCCGCCGCCGCCAUCAAAGAAGCUGGAAAGAAUUCCGACGAAGGAAGAUAUCGACAAACAGGCAGAUGCUUUUAUUCAACAGUUUAAUCACCAGUUGCUUGUUCAGAGGUUGAAGUCUAUUGAGAACGACAACAAAAUGCGAAAAUGAUCGAACUACUUUCAUCAUUGGGGCAUACUUUUUAAAUUAAAUUAUUAAUAGCUCUGUAAAUGAAUAAAUGUGAUUUUCUGCCAUUAAUAAUUAAUUUAAUAUAAUUCAGAAAUAAGAAAUUAAAAAACCAAAAUUUCAUAUUAGUGAUGUAUGUACAUGGAUAUGAUUGGUUAUCUCCUUAUUUUCUCGUAGCAUUACUCUGGUAUAAAAAUGUUCACUCUUGCAUUAAAAUGUUUAUAAUGUUUUUUAACUUCCUCGUUUG